AGCUGAACCAACAGCAGGACAAUCCUGAACACCAUCUCCUGCAUGCAAUGAGAAGGCACAUCCUUGUCUGCCAUCUCCCACUUAUCAUACUCCUCUCCUCAUCACUCAGCUCAAGCUGCCGAUCUGACCACCAAAUUCAGAUUCAGGCACUUGUCCAAUUCAAGGCCAGCUUGAUUGACCCUCUCGACAAUCUUCAAUCAUGGACGACGAACGCCACCACCUCGCCGUGCAGCUACCUCGGCGUACAGUGUGAUCCGGUGACCGGCACGGUCACCGAGAUCUCGCUGGCGAGCAUGAACCUCUCCGGCAGGAUAUCGCCGGCGAUCGGCGCCCUCGCGGCCCUAACACGGCUCGAUCUCGGCGACAACACCAUUUCGGGGGGAGUGCCUCCUGAGCUGAGCAACUGCACGCAGCUCCAGUUCCUCAACCUCUCCUGCAACGGCCUCACCGGCGAGCUGCCGAACUUGUCGGCGAAGCUGGCGGCGCUCGACACCCUCGACGUCGCGAACAAUUACUUGUCCGGGAGGUUCCCGGCGUGGGUCGGCAACCUGUCCGGUCUCGUCAUCCUCGCCGUCGGCGAGAACAGCUACGACCGAGGCGAGACUCCGCCGAGCAUCGGAAACCUCAAGAAGUUGACGCAUCUCUACUUGUCGAGCUGCUACCUGACAGGGGAGAUACCUGAAUCCAUCUUCGGGCUCACGGCGCUGCGGACGCUGGACAUGUCGAAGAACUAUCUCACCGGCGGAAUCCCGGCGGCCAUCGGCAACCUCUGCGAGUUGUGGAGCAUCCAGCUGUAUAGUAAUAACCUCACAGGCGAGCUCCCACCGGAGCUCGGGAAGCUGACCGGGCUACGCGAGCUCGACGUCUCCGGGAACAAGCUCAGCGGCGAGAUCCCGGCGUCUCUUGCGGUGCUCAGGAACUUCGAGGUGAUACAUCUCCAGUGGAACAAUCUAUCUGGGCCGAUCCCGGCAGCGUGGGGGGAGCUACGGUUCCUGAAGAGAUUUGCUGUCUAUGAGAACAAUUUCUCCGGCGAGUUCCCGGCGAACUUCGGCCGCUUCUCGCCGCUUUACGGCAUCGAUAUCUCCGAGAAUGCAUUCUCUGGCCCAUUCCCGAGGUAUCUGUGCCACGGCAAGAACCUCCAGUACCUUCUCACCAUCGGGAACAGCUUCUCCGGCGAGCUCCCGGAGGAAUACUCGGCCUGCCACCAUUUGGUGAUCUUCCGAGUUCACGGUAACACGCUCACCGGCAACCUCCCGGCGUGGGUGUGGGGACAACAAUCUGCGGAGAUCAUUGAUGUUUCGAACAAUGGGUUCACCGGAAGAAUCUCGCCGGCGAUCAGCAAGGCGCAGAGGCUGAAGGAGCUCUGGUUACACAAUAACCGGCUCGACGGCGAGAUCCCCAGGGAGAUCGGCCGGCUCUGGCGGCUCAAGAAGCUAUACCUUUCGAAUAACUCGUUCUCCGGCGUGAUACCACCGGAGAUCGGUAACCUAAGCAAGCUGACCGAGCUGACCUUGGGAGGGAACAUGUUGACCGGCUGGCUAUGAUUUAUGUACGCGACUAGUGGUACUGUUUUCCUACACAAUUCCACGGUAAGCUAGCUAAAUUUUUAAAGCUUUUUUUUAAUUAUUAUAUGGCAGACAGAUUCGCACACAUAUAUCCCACUAUACACGCAACACUGCACACACCCCUAUCGAAUGCACCAUAUAACACAUGCUCAUCAUAAAUAUGAUUAUAUUUUGUAUACAAUAAUUAAAUUUUAUGAUUGUUCAAAAAAGAUUUGAUAUACAAAUUUGAACUUCUUUUUCAUAGGUACAAUUGUACUCGAUCCAUUUGCAUCAUUAUAAUUCUUUUUUCCUGAGGUACACUGCAGUCUGACUCUAAACUCAUCACAAUCCAAGAAAGCAAUUAUUUCUUUAUGAUUUUCGAUUAGUAUGGUACUUUUUCAACCUUCAUGGUGACGUACGAUUUUAAGUAAUUUUGAAUUCCUCAAAGCCAACAACUCAACAUAUGUGAUGUAGUAAGGUGGAAGAAGGCCUAACACCACUUGGAUAUAGGCUCCCAACAACUCAAUAUCUGGCACUUGCAUAUUGCACGCUAAAGCAUGUGUGGCU